GAUCUUUUCUUAUCAUUGAGUUUUGUCCGUGUAUCUAUCGCAUACAUUCAGUCAGCCAACAGUCGAUUUCCAGUACAAGACGUUUGGUGUGCGACGUGGGUUUUUUUUUUUUUUUCUCGCCGUGUCUAAGAGAAGCGGCUUCACUUCCGGUAAAGAUGGCAGCCUCCUGCGAAAAUUUCAAGCUUGUCUACAAUGUUAUUUGUAACGGAAAGGUACCAGUUUCUCUGUAUAAAUCUGUCGAUACGGACUUGUCCGUGUUCAUUGCACAGAUCGACGGACCACUUGUGAAUGGCUUUUUUUGUCUUGCAACUGAAGCCCAUGAUGAUGAUGGCUUACCACACACUUUGGAGCAUCUGGUGUUUCUUGGUAGUGAAGCCUAUCCUUACAAGGGUGUUCUGGACUUGCUGGCUAACCGCUCUCUAGCUUCUGGCACUAAUGCUUGGACUGACACUGACCAUACCUGCUACACCAUCACCACUGCAGGAUCUGAGGGGUUUCUGCAGCUGCUGCCAAUUUAUCUUGACCAUAUUCUGCAUCCUACACUGAAGGAAUCUGGAUAUGUGACUGAGGUCCACCAUAUCAAUGGUCGUGGAGAAGAUGCUGGUGUCGUGUACUGUGAAAUGCAGGCCAGAGAAAACACAGGAGAAAGUCUGGUUCAUCUCAACAUGCUACGUGCCAUGUAUGAAGGCAAAUGUGGCUACAAGUCUGAGACUGGAGGCAUCAUGGCCAACCUCAGAAACAGCACAUCACAUGAAAAGGUGUGCGACUAUCACCAGCAGUUCUAUCGACCAGAAAACUUGUGUCUUAUCAUCACUGGGGCUGUUCAACCAGAAGAGGUCUUUGAGGCCUUGAAACCAGUGGAAGAAAAACUCAAAAAGAAGGGUCCACGACCACCAUUUGAGCGCCCAUGGCAGUCUCCAGUGCCACCUUUGGAAAAAAGCUCAGAGAAGGUAGUUGUGUACCCAUCUGAUGACGAGGAGUAUGGCCUUGUAACUAUAUCCUGGAGAGGGCCCAUGGCAAAGGACCAGUACACGUUUCUUGCUCUGAAUAUUCUUCUGGAGUAUCUUUCUGACUCUCCUAUUGCACCAAUUCAGCGAGAUUUUGUGGAGAUUGAAGAGCCCUACUGCAGCAGGGUCCACCAGUUCGUAAUUGAGAACUCUGAGACCUGCUUUGGUUUCAACUUCUUGAGUGUGGACAGUAACAAGCUGUCGGAAGUGGCUGCCAAGCUUCAAGAACUGUUGAAAAAGAUUUGUGAUGGUGAGGAGGCCAUAGACAUGGAGCGUAUUUCCAACCUUAUACAUCGCCGUGUACUAGAAGCCCUAAAUGAUAUCGAAGGAGGCGCCCACAAUACUGUGGCCUACAUGCUUAUUGGUCAGUUUCUGUUUGGACAGAGCAGAGAGGAUUGCCAUGUUCGGCUGAAUACAAUAGACUCUUACCAAAACAUGAAGACUAAGACAGAGUCAUUCUGGAGAGGCAUGCUUCAGUCUUUUAUUCAGAAUAAACCUUCAGUGGUGGUUAUAGGACAGCCUAGCUCUUCCUACAUGGAGCAGAUGGGACUAGAAGAGAGGGAGAGAGUAGAGAAACAGCGAGAUCGACUUGGGGAUAAAGGACUUCAGCAAUGUCAGACCAAAUUGGAAGAAUCCAUUGCCAUAAAUGAGGUGGAACCCGAAGAGUCCAUCUUAACAUCUGUGUCGGUGCCAAGCACAGAAUCCAUCCAUUUCCAUUCUAUCACAUCAUCAUCAAACUUACCUACACGUCCAAGUGCAGCUAACCCCAGAUUUCCGCUGUCCAGAAUUCCAUGUAUUAUGCAGCUGGAUGACUUUGACACCAACUUCGUUGAAAUGAAUGCAUUGUAUGACACUUCAAGUAUAUCACUUGAAUUGAGGUAUUACCUGCCCCUCUUAACUGAGGCUUUGGUAGAAAGUCCUAUUCUGCGUAAUGGAGAGUUGAUACCUCAUGAGCGAGUAAUCGCAGGACUUGAAAAGGACACCCUGUACUCUUGCUCAGGCCUGGGUGUUCCUCCUGGCUGCUUCAAAUGCGACUACUUCCCCCAAUUUAUGGUCACCGUCAUUAAAGUGGAGGAGGGGAAGUACGAGACUGGGGUUCAGUGGCUGUUUGAUUUGCUCUACAAUACCCAGUUCACAGCAGAGCGUCUCAAAAUCAUUGCAAAUCGAUUGAUUGGAAACAUUUCCACCUUGAAACGGAAAGGGUUUCAUAUUGUUCGGACCAUUCUAUAUAACCUUUUAUUUAUAAAAGACUGCAACUUUAAUGUUGCCAGCAUGUUAAAGCAGUCUACAUUUUUGACACGACUUCUGGAAAGAUUGGAGUCUGAACCAGACAAGGUUAUAGCUGAGAUUAACAAUGUACGAAACCAGCUACUGCUGCCAGGCAAUGCACGCAUCCAUUUGUCCUGUGACACUAAGAAACUUGCUGCUCAUGGUUUGCCAGACACACCCUGGAGAACAUUUUGGAAAGGAUUUGACCAGUGUGGAGAAGGCAACGGCAUUGGUGUCUUGGAAUCAAAAAUGGUGGACUUUGUCAAACCUCUGGAUGCUAGCGGUCCAAAGAAGGUCAUUGUUGGUGUUGGAGACGUGGAGUCAGCAUACUUUCUGCAGGCAGUGCCCUGCAUUUCUUCCUAUCACCACGAGGACCUACCAGCCUUGAUGGUGCUUAUCCAGUACUUAAUUCAAUGUGAAGGACCAAUGUGGAGCCAAAUCCGGGGCCUUGGUCUGUCAUAUCACUACAGUGUUACCAUCAGACCUGACCUUGGGAUGCUGUACCUGCUGUUGGCCAAAGCAACGCAUGUUGUGGAUGCUUACGGUGUGGGGCAGAAUAUUGUGCAAGGUUACCUGAGUGGAGAGAAUGAGUUCAGUGAGGCUGAGCUAGAGUCAGCCAGGUCCAGCCUUAUUUUUGAGAUCAUUGAAGAAGAGAAGACAGUGUGGGAUGCAACACACCAGUCUUUACUUUCCUAUCUGCGCAACGUGGAGCACAAUCAUAACAAGGAGAUGGUGAAGAAGGUCUCUAGUGUAAAGCUGCAGGAUUUGAAGGAUGUUGGCGAGAAAUAUCUGGCAUCUUUGUUUGAUCCUAGUUUAACACGUUGUGUUGUGUGUGUAAAUCCAUCCAAGGUGCAAGAAGUUGCCUCAGACUUUCAAAAGCUUGGAGUUGAACUGACAGUACUAUCAUCACUUGAAGAAGAUUUACUCACACAGCUGUGAUUUAAUAAGCACCACAAAUAUAUCAGCCAUUCAGUAUAAGGAACAGACUACAUUGCUACCAGGGUUGCUGAGUGUUUGGAAUUUGUGUUUGCUUACUGUUACUGUUGAUCUAUUCUUUCGCACAUACUUAUCCUGCAUAAAAAUAACAUCCUUAUGCAGCUCGUAGUUUAACACUGCAGCACUGCUAAGAUUUUUAAGGCAGCUUCAAGACUAAAAAAUGAGCUGCUGUUGACUAACAAAACUGCACCAAUAACUCUCAGGCAGAUACAAAAAGUUUCCUCACAGAUGGGUCCAGUGAUUUGUGCAAAUUUUAGCUUUGUGUAAACCAGAAAACAUUGUUCCAUUUCACUGCCAUACAGAUGUCGGCUUUGCGUAGACCGUAAAUUUCAAUUAUUUUAUGUUCAGCCAAUGUCCUGCUUUUAAAAUUGUUAAAUGACAUUCACCUUUAUGCAUGAACUCUUGUUCUUAAAUCUGGAUUUGUCUCUGUAAUGUGAAAAACAUACUGAAUGUCAUGUUACUUUCUAGUUUCUAGUAAUGUUGCAAUUGUUAAGGACGCUCUGCUGUUUUGCUUGAAUGUUUCACAAACUGUUGAGAAAACAUUCUUCUGCUGUCAUUUGCUUUGGAGAGUUAGAAGUUCAGGAUUUUUAAAAAGAAUUUGGUCGAAGGGGUUGGUCUUUUGCUCUUUUUUUAUCUUUUUAAAAGGGGCAUGUUUUUAAAAUCAUUGCUACAUCAACCUGUUGGUGUGAACCUAUGCACAACAUGGAAUACUUCUCUGGAACUUGCUAAAGUUAUGCAUUAAAUUGUUUGCAUGCUCUUCAGAUCAGUUUCUUGCAUAUUGUGAACUGCUGCAGCUGUCACUUCCAUUAAUCUACGAGCUGGGAUAUGUGACAUCGCCUUGCAAGCUCUUCCAGCUGUGAUGUUCUUGUUGACAUUUGAUAUUUAACUUCAGUGUGAUUUAUGUGGCCUCUGUGUUGUAAAAUAGGGAAAUACUUGUACUCUUGGACUUUGUGCAUUCUUGAUGUCAUCUUCCUGAGGCUGGCAGGUCACUUGGCAACAAGGGGAGGGUACCGAAUGUAUUGAACCAAGGGGAGAUAGUGAACUAAGGUGAUUAGAUGACAUCCUUUCUCCGUACAGAGAGGAGGGAAUAAAAACUUAAUUCUAUGCUAGGAGCUAUGGCUGUAUCACCUCAUGUAAACAGGUGCUAUAUGCAGGGAGAUAACUGUAUGCCUGAGACAGCAUUUGAACGCACACAGCCAAUCAUUCCUGUAUUAGUGACAAACCACUUUAAACUGUUGUGCCAUCAGAUCACAUGCUUUAGUCGCAAAUCAAGAUCUAGACAUACAAGGGAGAGAAGAAGCUUUAGGCACUUGUAGCAGAGGAGGAGAUAAAUGCUGCUUCCAUGCGACUUGUUAGCUCCCCUCUCUCUCUCCCUUACACUCUGGUAUGGUCCCUUAACUCACCCAUAGAGAACACAAGUGUGGUGGUGUCACAAUCUGAACUUUUGCAUGAGAUAGCCAUUUGAAUGUCAAAGUGCGCACGAAUAGGACUCAAUGGGUCAUUCCUAUCAUAUGAUUGAUCACUUUCAUACAGAUAAUGUUUUGCAGGCUACGCCACAAAUCUCUCAUUAGACCCUCUUCGGGUCAUUUUUGGAUCAAAGCACUUAAGGUCUUGUAAACAGCUGUGUGUUCCAAUUUUUCGAGUUAUCAGCAUAUUGCUAUACUAAUCAUCCUUGUCUUUGUGGAUCAUAUUGUUCAAUUUAAGAUAUAAACUGUUGUAGAAGAUGAGUAAAUGGUCGUCUCAGUGGAUGACAGUUGAAAACAUA